CCCGAGUCCGUUCACAACAGGACUUCAUCAUCUGAAGAGCGCUCUCCUAACAGAGGAGACUUCACCUCAAAAUUAGAUUUCUCAAGAGAGCGGAUCAAAGUCCUACUCAUCUACCGUACUACCUUAGAUGACUGUUUCAGAUUCUAUUUCAUAAUGUGACUUUUGUCGCUGGGACCAUGGCCACCGUUGCUCCCUCCGCUGAGCGGACUCAGUUCUUCCAGCAGUUGAAACGGGUUUGUGUCCCUCUCACCGAACUCGCCCUUCGGCCCCAAGGCAAAGAUGUCGGCACGAGGGACGUUCUCAGGCUGCUCGAAGAGCUCAUCGACCUCUGGACUGUUCAAGCCAACAAGGAUUCCAGCAUUCUAGACGAUCGACUGGCCGACUAUGUCUUCUUCCCGCUGUCUCUACUCCUCCGGAAUAGGGAGCGGUAUGCUAUUCGGGUCACUGAAGCCAUCGUCCGAUUGUUCCGGGGGCUCAUCCAGUACGGCUGGAAAGCGAAGGUUUCGCCGCAGCUUUUCCAGCAGCUGCUGAUCUUCCUCUCACUCGUCAUCGGCGGUGUCCCCGGCCAGCAACAACAAGACACGCCCGAAGAGACCAUCAUCGAGGCCUUCCAGACGCUAGCCGCUCUGUUUGCCAUUGCAGAACCCUCCCACCUUGCAGCCCCGGCAGAGUCAGCACCCGAAGGUGGAACGCCACCACCAGUUAGCCAGAGUGUUUCGGUCAUGCUCGAUGCCAUUACCGAGGGGGUAGCCUCUCAGGUCCAGCUCGAGGCCGCACGAUGUCUCCGGACGGUUUUCGUCAGCAUCAGGGACAGCUCUAUACUCUCCCGGUUUCUGCCCGGCACUGUGUCAGCAUUAGCAACGGUUCUGUCUCCGCCGCAGGCGAACCGGACCCAGAAAAGAGUUCUGCUUCAAUGCUUGGAGGUUCUCAAUCUAGUCCUUGUCAGCGUGUUGGCCGACAUCAAGGUCAGGGGACUCCUCAAGCAGUUAGAAAGCUCCAAGGAAACGGCGGGCCAGACGGGCAACGGGCAGGAAGGUAUCGGUCCUAGAAACGAACUCACUCCGGCGUGGUUGAAGGCGACUGCCGCACAGAUCAAGAUUCUCCUGUCUCAGGUACUUAAGCUGCGCGCGCAUGAGUCCGAAGAUAUCCAAUCCGCCCUGCACAGGCUUUGUAUCAGCCUUCUGGAUGAGUGUCAUUCGUCCCUAGCCGACUGUCGGUCCAUUCUGGUCGAGAGUGCGAUGAUGCUGGAAGACGAGGACGCCAUGAAGCCCCGUCUUGAGACCAGGCUUCAGGACCUUGCCGGUGUGUAUCCUGAGCUUGGGGACAGCAUGAAGGCAGGGCUAUACAACUGGGUUAUCGGGCUCCCUCGAGUCAUGCAGUCCAGCGAUGAGCGGGCCAGGCAACUGGCCAUCAGGAGCAUUCUCAGGGGCAGCAAGCUGGCCGCAGCUCUACAAAUGGACUCAUCCACGUUAGACGACGCUCUCGCGGAUUCUCUUAGAGACAGUGUCAUUGCCCUCGUCAAGGGCUCAAAGCAGUCCAAAGUCGUGGAUGAUACCGGGCCAGACAUCACAUCCAGUACCCAGUUAGUGAGGUCUGGGACGGACACCUCGACAUACCACCCGGUCCUGCUCGAUUUAGAGAGUCAGAAAGCGACGAGGAAAGAGAUCAGCGCCUUGCUAUCCAGCAUUGGUUCGGCGGUCCGGCAGGUGAAGCUAGCAACCUCAAUGCUCGGCCAUGUCCGGGACUCUGAAGGCGUAGACCAAAUCGUUUCUUUCUGGCUGGCAUUCGAGCUCCUAAAGGCGACAUAUGCACAGUCCUCGGAUCUAGAGGACCUCCUAGACUUGUCCUCGCUCGGGGAAUCCAGAUAUCAGGAAGAGGCAUUUCGAGAGCUCUACGACUUCUCGGUGUCAGUACUGUCGGCCCACUCGGACUCCGUCGAGGUCGACUGGCGCCUCGAGGCCCUCGCGCUCGAAAUGACGGCUUUUGCUGCGUCUCGCUUGAAGCUCGAUUUCCGGCCGGAGCUCAUUGACGUGCUUUAUCCCGUCACGACGUUCCUUGGCUCGCAGGUACCUCGGAUGCGGAGACACGCCAUCACAACACUAAACGUUAUUGCCGCUUCUUGCGGUUACGAGAGCGUGUCCGACCUCAUCGUCGACAACGCCGAUUAUAUGGUCAACUCAAUAUCCCUGCGACUGAAUACCUUCGACAUCUUCCCGGCGUCGACGAAAGUUCUCACCAUGCUGAUCCGACUCACCGGCCCCCGGUUGAUCCCUUUCUUGGACGAUGUCGUCGCGGCGAUCUUUGCGGCGCUCGACAACUACCAUGGCUAUCCCGCGUUCGUCGAGAGCUUAUUCUCAGUGCUUUCAGAAGUAGUUGCGCAGGGCGUCAAGUCAGACAUGCUCCUCCUCGAGGACGCCAGUUCCAAGACUAUUGACCACAGAAAGAAGCGACCCGAGAGCCCCGGUAUUGCAGGCAUCCUAAAGACCCUGGACAAACGCCUCGAACGAGCUGCGCAUUCAGACGAAGAUCACAACGGCCUCCCGCCCGAGACGCACCCCAAGCAACCAUGGGGUCCCGAAAAGUCUCAAGCCGCAUCCCUCCUCGACAAACUCGCCGGCCCCACCCCAGACUCAGAUACCGACCCAGAAGCAGACCCCGCUUCAGAGGAGCAAGCCCCAGACGACAGGGACAAAGCGCUCGAAGAAAGGAAGCAGACGCCAACCUACGCGCUCCUCACCCGCGUCCUCUCGCUAACCCAGCAUUACCUCACCUCGCCCACGCCAACCCUCCGCAAGUCCUUACUCGAUCUCGUCUCCACCGUCAGCCCGGCUCUUGCCCCGGACGAGAACGCCUUCCUGCCGUUGGUGCACACUGUCUGGCCGGUCGUGCUGGCGCGGCUGCACGAUCCGGAGCCGUACGUCUCCAUCGCGGCAUGUAGAGCGUUGGCCGGGUUGUGUAAGGGCGCGGGGGAUUUCUUGGGGAGUAGGUUCAAGAGCGAGUGGUGGGGUGGGCCGGGAUCGUUGGGGAGGUGGGUGAGGAAGGUGAGGGAGGAUGCGUUGACAAAGGGAGGGAGGAAGAAAGUCUAUGUCCCGGGGCCGUCGUCGUCGAAAGACGAGCUACUCAUUCCGGUGCGGGAUGGGGCCGGUGAGGGCGUGUCGGAGACGAGGGUCAUUACUUCGUCAUCGUCAGGGGGUGCGGCGCUGGGGAGGUUUGCCCAGGCGUCGCAGGUGUGGGAGGCCGCGCUGGACCUGUUGACGGCUAUUGUGUCAUACGUGAGGGUGGAAGACGAGAUGUUUGAUGAUAUCCUAGGCCUGGUGGUGGACGUGCUGCCGCAGCACGGCGGUUUGAGGGAGGCGCUGGAGACGGUCAAUGCGGACGCCGUCUGGUUGGCUAUGUAUGAGCGGGGGAUGGUUCAGAGGGGGAGGGAGGCUCCGGUUGUGGAGGGCUUCGAUUUCGUGUUUGCGAGCUUGGUAGUGAGGUGA